GUGUCGGAGGCCACUUGGAAACUUAGCAAAAUCAUCUCUUCACUCAACAAUGUCUAAUCAGGGGCAACCUUUCACGAUCGCAGUUCCCGAGGAAGAAUUGCAGGAACUUCAACAACGCCUUCGAUUAGCCAAGUUUGCAUCUCAGCUCGAAUCACCAGAGAAUGACCCAUGGGAUUUCGGCGUACCAGUUAGCGAAGUGCAGCGACUCGUGAAAUACUGGAAAGAUGGUUUCGAUUGGCGGAAAGCAGAAUCUCGUCUGAAUGAGCUACCGCAUUUCCGUACUGAAAUUGAAGUCGAUGGAUUUGGGGUAUUGGAUAUCCAUUUUGUCCACCAGAUCAGUCCUGUCAAGGGCGCUAUUCCCCUUCUUUUUAGUCAUGGAUGGCCUGGAUCUUUUAUCGAGGUGACCAAGCUUUUGGCGAGACUCAAAUACGAGAAUGGACAUCCAGCAUUCCACGUCGUGGCUCCAUCACUCCCAAACUUUGGAUUCUCCUCUGGAGUGAAUCGUCGUGGAUUCGGCCUUGGGCAAUACGCUGAAGCUCUGCAUAAACUUAUGCUAAAGCUAGGCUAUAAUCAAUACGUCACACAAGGUGGAGACUGGGGGUUUUGGAUCACAAGAAGCAUCGGCCUUCUAUAUCCCGAGCACUGCAAGGCCUCACAUGUCAACAUGAUUGUCGCUCAACCUCCUAAGUGGAGUUCUAGCCCUUUCCUCGCUCUGCAACAUGCCAUCACACCCUAUACAAUGCGAGAGCGGGAUGGACGCAAGAGAUCUGAAUGGUUCGAUCAAGAAGGAUACGGGUAUAACAUGCUUCAAAGCACCAAGCCGCAGACCAUCGGUGCUGCGCUUGCAGACAGCCCAGUCGCUUUGUUAACCUGGAUCUAUGAAAAGCUUCACGACUGGACGGAUUCGUACCCCUGGACCGUCGACGAGAUUUUGACCUGGGUUUCCAUCUACUGGUUCUCCAAAGCGGGACCUGAUGCAAGUGUGCGCAUCUACUAUGAAGCUUUACAUGCCGAGUCGGUAUCUGGGAUCACAUACGAUCGAUUAAGGUCCUAUAUACCAGAUGUGAAGCUCGGUCUUGUUCAUCUUCCCCGGGAGAUUUCGGUCGUUCCGUCGACAUGGGCUGCCGCGUUGGGUCCGGUCGUAAGACAGAGUGAGCAUACGCAUGGAGGUCAUUUUGCGGCAUGGGAGGUUCCGGAUGCUAUCGUUCAAGAUCUCUGGGCGAUGUUCGGCGAAGGAGGCCCUUGUUAUGGGGUCGUUCUUAACAGAAACGGGUACUGAAUAACCCGUCGUUCAGACUGUCUAGAACGUAAUGGGAAUAGUAUCGUUUCGUUGGGGUUUGCUCCAGAAUUCAUGAUCGAGGAUAAUCAUCUAAUCUGUUUUGAGGAGGAAUCUCUGCAAUUCCAACAAAGCCCUUACAUAUCCCAGGAUCUCUGACAUCCUCGAAUUAAUGCCGUGCCUCCCGAGUCCUGGGGCUGGGAUUCGGCAUUUGUACUGACGUUGAUCACGGCAAAGAGAGAAAAGGGCAAGGGAUCUUGCUCUCGAGCCUUCUCUAGGUUGCAGCCAGAUAUCAUCAUCCGAUCGCCACAUUCAUAUUUUUCUUGUGAUUCGAAGCUACGGAAUAGCAUGGGAGCUGGACUCGCUGGACUCGCUGGACUCGCUGGACUCGCUGGACUCGCUGGACUCGCUG